CUCCAGAAGAACUCCGCAGCCCUAGCCCAAACUCUGCCAUUCUCCAUAGCCCGGAGUUACAAGAACACUGAGAAAAACCAGCACGAGUGUGAGAGGAAGAGAAAGAGAGAGAGAGCAAGUGACAAAGUAAUUCAUAAAACCCGAAAAAAAUAUAAAGUGAGGCUUCGCGCCUCGAGAGAGAAUACACGAAUACGUUCAAGUUUAGUUUAGAAAGCGUGGAGGAAAACUUUUCUGGGCUGUGGCAGAAAGCUGUGGACCGCGGAAGAUGCCAGAGCAAAGGUGUUGAACUUUCCAGAAUAUAAAAGAAGACGGGAGAGAGUUUGAGCAUUAGCCUUGGCAAUUCAGAAAGUACAAGGGCUGACACGGUCCACACCAGGGGACAGGUGAAGAAGUAACACAUUUAGAGAUGGCUGACGAGCAGGACACAAGGGAAGUGCUUUUCCCACAGUGGAUGGGCACUGAUACGCUUGGGCUCACCAUAGAACAAAAAGGUCAAGGAGAGAUUUUUGUCAAAGAGGUGAAAGAUGAGUCCCCUGCUGCUCAUACUGGGAAAGUAUAUGAAGGUGACCAAAUUGUGGGGGCCACCAUUUACUUUGACAACAUGAGCUCAGAAGAAACGGCUGAUCUAUUAAAGACUCUAAACCGACAUAAGGUUGGACUAAAAUUACAAAAUAAGUCUGCAGACAAGUCACCUUGCCGUUCUCCUAUGGGGACAUUGUCAUGGGAAGGACGUGGAGGGUUAGGAGGCUCUAGUUCAGACAUUCUUCUGAGUGGGGAUGACGAAGACUACAAGAGAAUCUACACUAAGAAGAUUAAACCUAGACUAAAGUCAGAGGAUCUUGCUGAGGGUGUUGAUGUGCGCACAGAACGUCACAGCAGCACAAGCAGUGAUGGUUGCACCAUUACUACAAUCACUCGUCGAAUAACUACCUACACUGUGGACGUGCCUGGGGGGACUAGUCAGCAGAUUGAUCACUCAAGCCCCGAGUACAAAAUUCAGGUCUUGCAGCAUGAGCAGUCAGAGGGGGAUUCUACUCAAAUCAGAUUACCACAUAGUAGCCUAGUUAGUGGUGCACACGGAGGUAUAAAAAUGGGGGACAUAACUCUUAGCGGGCCCCAUGUCACUGGCUCCACUGUGAAGCACUCUAGCACAGGAUCUUUAAAAGCAACAAGUGAAUUAGAUGGUAGUGGGAAAGAGAUUACAAUAAAUGUGUCAGACACUGGACUGUCAGGUCGUAAAGGACAGAUGGUGAUGGAACAUUUUGGAAGGACUGAAGCUUCUGCAGGCAGUAGUGAUCUCUCUGGCAAAGUAACCAUGGGGUUAGACAAAGACGUGAGAAAUAUUUCUUCUCCAUUGGAUGCUGGUUUUAAAGCUUCAAGUAUGAUGGGAGGAACUGAGGUUGCUACAGUAAAGGGCCCUGUUCUGAACACUCGUGUUUCAGGUUUUUCCAUUAGUGGAGAUACAGGGGGCAGUAUUGGCAGGGAAUCUUUGUCUGAAGUGCAUAAGGAUGGGUCUGCUGAUAAAACCAAAUUGUCUAAAUUUACCAUAGAUGUGCAAAGGCCCAAGGAAGGUCAAAAUGUAGAAGAGAAUUUUAACAAUCAAAAUCUUAAAGAUGUUAGUCAGAGAGGUUUCAGCAUAACUGGGAAUCAGGAAAUGACAGCUCGGGUUCAGGAACCUGAUACAGUAGUAAGUCUCCCCAAAGCUGAUGUAAAAAUUACACCACCAGAUAUGGACAUCAGGGGUCCAGAGCUUCACUUUAAAGGACAUGAGCGUACUGUCAAAGAUGUUAAAUUUGAUGCACCAUCAGUCACUGGUCAAAUUUCUAUGCCAGAUGUGGAUUUAAACCUCAAAGGACAAAAAGUGAAAGGAGAUGUUAACGUGUCUGUUCCGAAUGUUGAAGGGAAUGUUACAACUUCAAAAAUUGAAAUUAAAAGGCCAGAUCUCGAGGAUGUGAAAAGUGGCUUUACGGUUCCAAAGGUCAAAAUGUCCUCAUUAGGAAUAAAAACUUCAGAAGUAAGGGCUCCUGAUGUUGAUGUAAAUCUUGUGAAAGCCAAAAUGGAGAUUAAAGCACCAGAUGUGGAUAUCAAGACUCCAGAGCUUAAUGUUGAGAGAUCUGAAGUAAAAGUCAAAGAUUCUGAAAUCAAGAUACCAACAGUCUCCGGUCCUAAUAUUGCGGUGUCUGAUGGGAACUUAAAUGUAAAAGGGUCAACAUUGAAAGGUGACUUAAAUUUGAAAGGCCCAAAUCUAAAAGGUCAUGUUGAUGUGUCCGUUCCAAAAGUGGAAGGAGAUAUUAAAGCACCAAAAGUGAAAACUGAAGGCCCAGAAAUGGAAGGACCUGAGGGUGGUUUUAAGAUGCCAAAGAUCAAAAUGCCAUCAUUCGGAAUGAAGGGUCCAAAACUGGAGGGUCCAGAUGUUGAUGUGAAAAUCCCUAAAGCCGAUAUUGACAUUAAGGCACCAGAUGUGGACAUCAAAGCUCCAGAGUUUGUCAUUGAAGUACCUGAGGGAAAUCUCAAGGGCCCCAAAUUCAAGAUGCCAUCAAUCUCUGGUCCAAAGAUUUCUAUGCCAGACGUUGACUUCAAUCUGAAAGGUCCAAAACUGAAAGAUGACAUUGACAUAUCCGUUCCAAAAGUGGAAGGAGAUAUUAAAGCACCAAAAGUGAAAACUGAAGGCCCAGAAAUGGAAGGACCUGAGGGUGGUUUUAAGAUGCCAAAGAUCAAAAUGCCAUCAUUCGGAAUGAAGGGUCCAAAACUGGAGGGUCCAGAUGUUGAUGUGAAAAUCCCUAAAGCCGAUAUUGACAUUAAGGCACCAGAUGUGGACAUCAAAGCUCCAGAGUUUGUCAUUGAAGUACCUGAGGGAAAUCUCAAGGGCCCCAAAUUCAAGAUGCCAUCAAUCUCUGGUCCAAAGAUUUCUAUGCCAGACGUUGACUUCAAUCUGAAAGGUCCAAAACUGAAAGAUGACAUUGACAUAUCCGUUCCAAAAGUGGAAGGAGAUAUUAAAGCACCAAAAGUGAAAACUGAAGGCCCAGAAAUGGAAGGACCUGAGGGUGGUUUUAAGAUGCCAAAGAUCAAAAUGCCAUCAUUCGGAAUGAAGGGUCCAAAACUGGAGGGUCCAGAUGUUGAUGUGAAAAUCCCUAAAGCCGAUAUUGACAUUAAGGCACCAGAUGUGGACAUCAAAGCUCCAGAGUUUGUCAUUGAAGUACCUGAGGGAAAUCUCAAGGGCCCCAAAUUCAAGAUGCCAUCAAUCUCUGGUCCAAAGAUUUCUAUGCCAGACGUUGACUUCAAUCUGAAAGGUCCAAAACUGAAAGAUGACAUUGACAUAUCCGUUCCAAAAGUGGAAGGAGAUAUUAAAGCACCAAAAGUGAAAACUGAAGGCCCAGAAAUGGAAGGACCUGAGGGUGGUUUUAAGAUGCCAAAGAUCAAAAUGCCAUCAUUCGGAAUGAAGGGUCCAAAACUGGAGGGUCCAGAUGUUGAUGUGAAAAUCCCUAAAGCCGAUAUUGACAUUAAGGCACCAGAUGUGGACAUCAAAGCUCCAGAGUUUGUCAUUGAAGUACCUGAGGGAAAUCUCAAGGGCCCCAAAUUCAAGAUGCCAUCAAUCUCUGGUCCAAAGAUUUCUAUGCCAGACGUUGACUUCAAUCUGAAAGGUCCAAAACUGAAAGAUGACAUUGACAUAUCCGUUCCAAAAGUGGAAGGAGAUAUUAAAGCACCAAAAGUGAAAACUGAAGGCCCAGAAAUGGAAGGACCUGAGGGUGGUUUUAAGAUGCCAAAGAUCAAAAUGCCAUCAUUCGGAAUGAAGGGUCCAAAACUGGAGGGUCCAGAUGUUGAUGUGAAAAUCCCUAAAGCCGAUAUUGACAUUAAGGCACCAGAUGUGGACAUCAAAGCUCCAGAGUUUGUCAUUGAAGUACCUGAGGGAAAUCUCAAGGGCCCCAAAUUCAAGAUGCCAUCAAUCUCUGGUCCAAAGAUUUCUAUGCCAGACGUUGACUUCAAUCUGAAAGGUCCAAAACUGAAAGAUGACAUUGACAUAUCCGUUCCAAAAGUGGAAGGAGAUAUUAAAGCACCAAAAGUGAAAACUGAAGGCCCAGAAAUGGAAGGACCUGAGGGUGGUUUUAAGAUGCCAAAGAUCAAAAUGCCAUCAUUCGGAAUGAAGGGUCCAAAACUGGAGGGUCCAGAUGUUGAUGUGAAAAUCCCUAAAGCCGAUAUUGACAUUAAGGCACCAGAUGUGGACAUCAAAGCUCCAGAGUUUGUCAUUGAAGUACCUGAGGGAAAUCUCAAGGGCCCCAAAUUCAAGAUGCCAUCAAUCUCUGGUCCAAAGAUUUCUAUGCCAGACGUUGACUUCAAUCUGAAAGGUCCAAAACUGAAAGAUGACAUUGACAUAUCCGUUCCAAAAGUGGAAGGAGAUAUUAAAGCACCAAAAGUGAAAACUGAAGGCCCAGAAAUGGAAGGACCUGAGGGUGGUUUUAAGAUGCCAAAGAUCAAAAUGCCAUCAUUCGGAAUGAAGGGUCCAAAACUGGAGGGUCCAGAUGUUGAUGUGAAAAUCCCUAAAGCCGAUAUUGACAUUAAGGCACCAGAUGUGGACAUCAAAGCUCCAGAGUUUGUCAUUGAAGUACCUGAGGGAAAUCUCAAGGGCCCCAAAUUCAAGAUGCCAUCAAUCUCUGGUCCAAAGAUUUCUAUGCCAGACGUUGACUUCAAUCUGAAAGGUCCAAAACUGAAAGAUGACAUUGACAUAUCCGUUCCAAAAGUGGAAGGAGAUAUUAAAGCACCAAAAGUGAAAACUGAAGGCCCAGAAAUGGAAGGACCUGAGGGUGGUUUUAAGAUGCCAAAGAUCAAAAUGCCAUCAUUCGGAAUGAAGGGUCCAAAACUGGAGGGUCCAGAUGUUGAUGUGAAAAUCCCUAAAGCCGAUAUUGACAUUAAGGCACCAGAUGUGGACAUCAAAGCUCCAGAGUUUGUCAUUGAAGUACCUGAGGGAAAUCUCAAGGGCCCCAAAUUCAAGAUGCCAUCAAUCUCUGGUCCAAAGAUUUCUAUGCCAGACGUUGACUUCAAUCUGAAAGGUCCAAAACUGAAAGAUGACAUUGACAUAUCCGUUCCAAAAGUGGAAGGAGAUAUUAAAGCACCAAAAGUGAAAACUGAAGGCCCAGAAAUGGAAGGACCUGAGGGUGGUUUUAAGAUGCCAAAGAUCAAAAUGCCAUCAUUCGGAAUGAAGGGUCCAAAACUGGAGGGUCCAGAUGUUGAUGUGAAAAUCCCUAAAGCCGAUAUUGACAUUAAGGCACCAGAUGUGGACAUCAAAGCUCCAGAGUUUGUCAUUGAAGUACCUGAGGGAAAUCUCAAGGGCCCCAAAUUCAAGAUGCCAUCAAUCUCUGGUCCAAAGAUUUCUAUGCCAGACGUUGACUUCAAUCUGAAAGGUCCAAAACUGAAAGGUGAUGUUGACGUAUCCGUUCCAAAAGUGGAAGGAGAUAUUAAAGCACCAAAAGUGAAAAUUGAAAGCCCAGAAAUGGAAGGACCUGAGGGCGGUUUUAAGAUGCCAAAGAUCAAAAUGCCAUCAUUCGGAAUGAAGGGUCCAAAACUGGAGGGUCCAGAUGUUGAUGUGAAAUUUCCUAAAGCUGAUAUUGACAUUAAGGCACCAGAUGUGGACAUCAAAGCUCCAGAGUUUGACAUUGAAGGACCUGAGGGAAAAAUCAAGGGCCCCAAAUUCAAGAUGCCGUCAAUCUCUGGUCCAAAGAUUUCUAUGCCAGAUUUUGACCUCAACCUGAAAGGUCCAAAACUGAAAGGUGAUGUUGAUGUUUCAAUUUCAAAUGCUGAAGGAGACAUCAAAACACCAGAUUUGGGUAUCAAGGGGCCCGAACUUGAUAUGAAAUUACCAGAAGGAAAAAUCAAAGGCCCAAAAGUCAGGAUGCCAUCAGUAUCUGGUCCUGAAGGUCCAAAUGUUGAGGUCAAUUUUCCAGAAACGAAUGUCAAGAAGCCUAAAUUUAAAAUGCCCAAGUUUGGAUUUAAAGGGCCAAAGAUUGAAGCACCUGAUGUUGAUGUCAAACUUCCGAAAGGAUCUAAAGUGAAAGGUCAAGCUGGUGUCAGUUUGGAAGGUGAUGUAAAUAUGCCAAAAGUGGAAGUUGAUUCUCCAAGAGUAGAAGUUAAAAGUCCAGAGGGAGGAUUCAAGAUGCCAAAAUUUAAAAUGCCAAAGUUCGGUUUUAAGUCACCCAAAGGAGAAAUUGAUGUCAGCGUACCUAGUGGUGACAUUGGUUUAAAAUCAUCUGAUAUUGACAUCAAAACUCCUGAUCUUGAUGUUGAGGGACCUGAGGGACAAAUCAAGGGCACCAAAUUCAAAAUGCCUUCUAUAUCUGGUCCAAAGAUUUCUAUGCCAGAUGUAGACUUCAACUUGAAAAGUCCAAAAGUCAAGGGUGAUAUUGAUGUUUCUGGACCCAAGAUUGCAGGUGACAUAAAGGCACCAAAAGUUGACAUUGAAGGUCCUGAUGUCGAUAUAGAGGGCCUGGAAGGUGGCUUCAAGAUACCUAAAAUCAAAAUGCCAUCCUUUGGGCUCAGAGGUCCUAAAUUGGAGGGCCCAGAUGUUGACAUCAAUCUCCCCAAAGCAGAUUUUGACAUUAAAGGACCUGAAAUUGACAUCAAAACUCCUGAUCUAGACAUCGAGGGACCUGAAGGGAAAAUCAAAGGUCCCAAGUUCAAAAUGCCUUCUAUAUCAAGUCCAAAGAUCUCUAUGCCAGAUGUCAACUUAAAUGUUAAAGGCCCUAAAGUCAAGGGCGAUAUAGAUGUUUCUGUACCAAAGAUUGCAGGUGACAUAAAGGCACCAAAAGUUGACAUUGAAGGUCCUGAUGUCGAUAUAGAGGGCCUGGAAGGUGGCUUCAAGAUACCUAAAAUCAAAAUGCCAUCCUUUGGGCUCAGAGGUCCUAAAUUGGAGGGCCCAGAUGUUGACAUCAAUCUCCCCAAAGCAGAUUUUGACAUUAAAGGACCUGAAAUUGACAUCAAAACUCCUGAUCUAGACAUCGAGGGACCUGAAGGGAAAAUCAAAGGUCCCAAGUUCAAAAUGCCUUCUAUAUCAAGUCCAAAGAUCUCUAUGCCAGAUGUCAACUUGAAAAGUCCAAAAGUCAAGGGUGAUAUGGAUGUUUCUGUACCAAAGAUUUCAGGGGACAUGAAAGCUCCAAAAGUGGCCAUUGAAGGUCCUGAUGUUGAUUUUGACGGCCCAGAAGGUGGCUUCAAGAUGCCUAAAAUCAAAAUGCCAUCAUUUGGAUUCAAAGGUCCUAAACUGGAGGGCCCAGAUGUUGACAUCAAUCUCCCCAAAGCAGAUGUUGACAUUAAAGGACCAGAAAUUGACAUCAAAACUCCUGAUCUUGACAUUGAAGGACCUGAGGGGAAAAUCAAAGGUCCCAAGUUUAAAAUGCCUUCCAUAUCGGGUCCAAAAAUCUCUAUGCCAGAUAUCAACUUAAAAGGCCCCAAAGUCAAAGGUGAUAUGGAUGUUUCUGUACCAAAGAUUUCAGGGGAAAUAAAAGCUCCAAAAGUGGACAUUGAAAGUCCUGAUCUUGACAUUGAAGGACCUGAGGGGAAAAUCAAAGGUCCUAAGUUCAAAAUGCCUUCCAUAUCAGGUCCAAAGAUCUCUAUGCCAGAUGUCAACUUAAAAGGCCCCAAAGUCAAGGGUGAUAUGGAUGUUUCUGUUCCAAAGAUUUCAGGUGGCAUAAAGGCACCACAAGUGGACAUUGAAGGUCCUGAUGUUGAUAUCGAGGGCCCAGAAGGUGGCUUCAAGAUGCCUAAAAUCAAAAUGCCAUCAUUUGGACUCAGAAGUCCUAAAUUGGAGGGCCCAGAUGUUGACAUCAAUCUCCCCAAAGCAGAUGUUGACAUUAAAGGACCUGGAAUUGACAUUACAGCUCCUGAUCUUGACAUUGAAGGACCUGAAGGAAAAAUUAAAGGUCCCAAGUUCAAAAUGCCUUCCAUGUCAGGUCCAAAGAUCUCUAUGCCAGAUGUCAACUUAAAAGGCCCCAAAGUCAAGGGUGAUAUGGAUGUUUCUGUUCCAAAGAUUUCAGGUGGCAUAAAUGCACCAAAAGUUGACAUUGAAGGUCCUGAUGUUGAUAUCGAGGGCCCAGAAGGUGGCAUCAAGAUGCCUAAAAUCAAAAUGCCAUCAUUUGGUCUCAAAGGUCCUAAAGUGGAGGGCCCAGAUGUUGACGUCAAUCUCCCCAAAGCAGAUGUUGACAUUAAAGGACCAGAAAUUGAUAUUAAAGCUCCUGAUCUUGACAUUGAAGGACCUGAGGGUGGUUUAAAACAUGUUAAGUUCCCAAAAUUCAAAGGUCCCAAUUUUGGAAUAAAGCCUUCAGGUGGCAGUCUUUCAAUACCUGAAAAAGAUAUAGGGGCGAGUAUUGAUGUCAAAAGCCCUGAUGUCAAUAUCAGUGGACCAGAUGCAAAUGUCAAGGUGCCAAAAAUGAAAAAAUUUUCGCUUGGAGUUAAGAGCUCAAAAUUAGAUGCAGAUAUUCCUGAUGCUGGUGGUAGUGUAGAAGAACCUGAUAUGAACAUAGAUGUGAAAGGAAAGAAAGGUAAAUUCAAACUGGCCAAAGGGAAGGGGAAGUCUAAAACAUUUGAUGGUGAUAUGAAGACUGAAACUGUCAAGUUGGAGACAAAUGAACCUGACCUACAGAUGAAGUCAACCAAAGUAAAGAAACCUCUUUUUGGAAAGUUACGUUUUCCUGAUGUGGAAUUUGACAUCAAAUCUUCAAAAGCUAAAGGUAGUCCAUCUGCCUCUGGAACUAUAAAAUCAUCUGCUGAUUUGCCUUCUGCAAGCCUUAAAACUGAUAUUCAGACACCAGAUGCUAGUUUGGAUAGUCCUGAUUUCAAAACAAAAGGAGGAAAAAUCAAAAUACCAAAAGCCGGCAUCUCUGGCUCUGUAAUAAAAACUCCUGAACUAGUUGUUAGAGAUGCAACUUUAGAGGUUCCAGAAAAGACCUUUCAGUCCUCAGAUGUCAGUGUAGCAGGAUCAGGCAUUAAUGGAAAAGACAAGGCUAAAAUUGACAUAGGAGGAAAAAUACAGGAUGUUAAGUUGACAGUGCCUACUGUAAAUGUCCAUGGUGGUGCUUUAGAUGCUGAUUUAAAUCUCACUGAACAAAAAGGAGUAAAAGGGAGCAUUGAAAUACCAGGCUUUAAUGUAAGAGGACAAAAGGGAGAGACUGCAAGUGGGUUAGACAUGAAGCCAGAUGCAUCAUUAUCUGGUGUGAUGGAGUACCAAGAAGGUAAUGUAACCUUUCCUAAAAUCAAAGUACCAAAGUUUGGUGUUGCAUUGCCUAAAGUAGAUGGAGGCGAGAUGAGAGUAGAUGUAGGUUCAGGUGAAUUGGCUGCUGGUUCUAAAGUUACUUCCCAAAGUCUGGAAAUUGAGAACACUGAUAUGAAAAGCAGUGGUGGAAAAGUGAAAGUCAAAAUGCCAAAAUUAUUUGUCAAAUCUAAAUCUAAAGGUGGCAGUGCAGCUGAUCUUACUGUUGAGGGAGAAGGUGUUGAUGUUACAAGUAAAGGUGGUGCAAAGGUGUCUAAGGAGUUGAGCCUUAGUUCUGGGGAAUUGACAAGUGGCAAGUUGACAGUAGAGGGAAGCUCUGGGUUUAAAGUUUCACCAAAGAGUAAAUCUGCCUCCCUUGACCUCUUCAAAAAAACACAACAUCACUCAUCCUCUGUAAGUGAUGUGGGAGGUUUAGCUUCCCCUGUUUCUGCUGAAGGCCACUUACAGGCAGAGGGUGGCGACAUUUCAGUUGAUGUUGGAGAAAAGGCCAAAGGCAAAAAAGGAAAGUUGAAGUUUGCUACAAUUGGAGGUUUUAGCUCAAAAAGUAAAGGUUCAUAUGAAGUGACAGAUGAAAGUGAGGUUAGGAUUGAGGGUGCUGGUGGAGUUGCUCAGUCUUCAAAGAAGUCCAGAAUGUCAUCAUCAUCCAGCAGUGAUAGUGGGUCAAAAGGCAGUUUUCGGUUUCCACAACUCGAAAUAGCGGUGUCACCAAAGAAAUAGUUUUCACGCUAGUAUCUAUACACAGUACAUUCACACACACACUUUGUAAAUGUAAAUCUGUCUUUCAUUUAAACAAUAGUGCACUGCCAUAUUGACUGUUUCUUCAAUUUCCCACAUAUGUUCUUUACAGGCAUUGAUAUAUAUAUAUAUAUAAUUUUUUUUCUCUGAAUCACAAUUUAACUGUAAAUAAGAGAAAUCUGUUAUGUAAUUUUAAUUUUGUUUUGUAGAUAGGAAAUUCAAAUCCAAUCCAACAAUGUGUGUAGUUAAUAUAAAAAUCUGUCAUCUGAUAACUUGUUCUAUUUUUGUACCUUAGAAAGUUUUGGAACUAUGUUGUCCUUUCUAAAAUUGUCUAGACACAUUUAAAUGCAAGAGGAGAGAUUUUAGUUAGAUUUGAAAGGUUUUUAAAACUUCAGCUUCACUUACAUUAGUAGUGCUGUAUCAUAUGUACUCAUUGCAUAUGAAUAACUAAUUUGAGCAGUGAUAAACCAGAUCUCAUGAGCACAAUGAAGUUUAAGGGCUGUACAAACUGUAAAUAAUUUGAUUCAAAACAGAUACAUGGGAUAACGUAACUUUGUGUCCCAAAUAUUAUGACAGUUCAGAUAUUAUGGAAUUUACACAGAGAUUAUAAUCUUCUAAAGUAUUUAUAUCUAAGACUGUCUUUUUCAAUGAUUGCUUGGAUAUCUUUAAAAUGCACACCAAGAAGCAGCUGGCAAAAGCUUUGACUUGCUUUGAUUUUAAUGGUUUCGAAGGCAUUUUUCUUGGUUCUAUCUUCCACAUUUCUUUACAUCCGGUUGACUCUCUCUCUUCCUCUCACUAAAUUUAUGAAAUGCCGUGUUGUCAUGUGGUGAUAUAACUACAGGAAUGCUAAUGCCAAUGGUAAAACAUUAAUAUUUUGAAAAGGCAUAAAAUGUGCAUUUGCCCUUGUAAAUAAUGGGACAUUUAGGCUGCAAGUUUCUAAUUUUUUCCCCCCCUUGUAUCAGUUGCAAAAAAAUGUUUAAUAAAGUGAACAAUUAUCAAUA